GUAUGUAUGGUUUCUUGCUGAAAUUUAAUCUUUGCCCUAUUUUUUCAUCCUCCCAUUAAAUUCGCGAUUUCUUCUUUCUUGGGCUAUUUAUUUGUGUUUUCCUCCAUUAAAUCUGCAAGUUUCCCCUCACCUGCUCUCCGAAUCUGGGAGAAAUUCGUAAUUGGCGAUUCCAUGGUGAUUGCUGCAGCUGUCAUCGUGCCUCUGGGCGUUCUCUUCUUCGUCUCUGGCCUCGCCGUUAAUCUCGUCCAGGCAGUUUGCUAUGUGCUCGUUCGACCUCUGUCUAAGAACACAUACAGAAAAAUCAACCGGGUGGUUGCAGAAACCUUGUGGUUGGAACUUGUAUGGAUCGUAGAUUGGUGGGCAGGAGUGAAGAUCCAAGUGUUCACAGACCGCGAGACCUUCAACCAAAUGGGCAAGGAGCACGCUCUUGUCAUCUGUAAUCACAGAAGUGAUAUAGACUGGCUUGUCGGAUGGAUGUUGGCUCAGCGAUCAGGUUGUCUUGGAAGCUCAUUAGCUGUGAUGAAGAAAUCAUCCAAAUUCCUUCCGGUCAUAGGCUGGUCAAUGUGGUUCUCAGAAUAUCUGUUUCUGGAAAGAAACUGGGCCAAGGAUGAAAAUACGUUAAAGUUAGGCCUUCAACGUUUGAAGGAUUUCCCUCAGCCUUUCUGGUUGGCACUCUUUGUGGAGGGAACUCGCUUCACUGAGGCUAAACUUAAAGCAGCACAAGAGUAUGCAACCUCUAGUGGGUUGCCUAUCCCUCGAAAUGUCUUGAUUCCUCGUACCAAAGGUUUUGUGUCAGCUGUUAGUAAUAUGCGAUCAUUUGUCCCGGCCAUUUAUGAUGUGACGGUGGCUAUUCCUAAGACUUCUCCCCAGCCUACGAUGCUCAGGCUUUUCAAAGGACAAUCUUCGGUUGUGCAUGUUCACAUUAAGAGGCAUUUGAUGAAAGAGUUGCCUGAAUCUGAUGACGGUGUCGCACAGUGGUGCAGGGACCAAUUUGUGGCCAAGGAUGCAUUGUUGGACAAACACAUAGCAGAAGACACCUUCAGUGAUCAGGAAGAACAGAACAUUGGUCGACCAGUGAAGUCAUUAGUGGUGGUUUCAUCAUGGGCAUGCAUACUAACAACGGGGGCAAUGAAGUUCCUGCAAUGGUCGAAACUGUUUUCGACGUGGAAGGGGAUAGGUCUGUCGGGGGUCGGGUUGGGAGUGGUGACCCUCCUUAUGCAGGUGUUGAUACGUUCCUCUCAGUCUGAGCGCUCGACCCCUCCUCCCCCCAAAUCACCAUCAUCAAACCCAACCAAGAGCAGAGAAGAGAAACACGAGUAAGCUUGUCGGUUCGGCUUUUUGACUAAUAACCAAACCAAAUUCCCAUUUACAUUACAUCUCUCAAUCAGAUUUCCAAAGCCAUUCAUGUAUAGGCCAAUGUACAACUUUCUACUAUGUAUUGCAAGAUUGGAUUUUGGGUUUUCUUUUAGUAAUUUUUCUGUUUUGGAUUUUGCUUUGUGGUCUUCUUGGAUGUUAAAGCACUUGUAAUGUUUUUGUGACAACCGUAUUAGGAAAUUAAUUAGAGGCAUAAUUGUUUUUGACAUUA